ACAGCUUACUGAUCAAUUCGAUCGCUGAUGCUGCAGUGGACAGUUUUUAUCUAUACCGGCGUUUCUAGUGUGUCGGUCUAAAGAAAUAAGGUAAGGUCCAUUUCAAUCGUUAAAUUUCUGUUAAAAGUCCAUUUUGUCGGAUUUACUUCAUCUACAUGUACAUGUAUGUUUAAUCUAUGCAAUAGUUUUGGAUUUGGCUUUUCCCCCAUGAUUUGCUUUCCAGCAUAACUGAAUAUCCCGGCGUAAAACUCAUAAUUGCGGCAAAACUAUAAGACACCAUCAGGACGUCGCUUAGACGCCAAAGAAGAGCCAACGUAACCAGUGGACUGUUUCUGCAACUCGAAUCCACCAUGGGGCGCAACAGGGUCCAUUCCAUCAGCAAGAUGUCUGAUCUGAGCGAGAUCUCAGAAAGCGUCCUCUCCAUGGGCUCCGGGUCCAAGAUGAACGAGACAAUCAGCGACCUGUUAAUGACUCAGAAAGAAACAGGACUAAAAUCAUUGUGCUCUGGGAACCCCUUGAGUAGAUCAGGGAAGCGUGUCCAGAUGGCGAAAAUGUUGAUUCUAACCAUGAUUCCAAUCCUGGCCUUGUGUAUGAUCACCGUGGUCGACCUCAGUAUGAUCGCAAAGGAGAAUGAGUACCAGAACAUUGUCAGGCAGACGAUCAGGUUCAGUUCCCAGACAGGUCUACUUAUCCACUACCUGCAGAGGGAGAGGGACAUGACCGCAUUGCAUCUAAGCAGUAUGGGCGCCGAAACGCGCAUGUUCUUACGUGAUAGAUACCCCGACACUGAUGAAGCGUUGAAUGCCUUAGAACAGUGGCCUACGGAUCUUAAAGGAAACCUUCUCACUUUUUCCUCCAAGAAUGAAUUUCGUCGGCAACUGAAAUCUCAUAGAGAUGAACUGGACUCCCUCAAGACUGAUCCUUAUUUGGAAGUCAUCUAUUAUUCAAAACUGAUCGCCAUCUUCAUUGAUUGGCUGUACACGGGCAUACAGAAGUCACGUGAUGGCGAUCAGUGGCGUACCCUAGUGUCCUAUCAGUUACUAAUCAUGGCAAAAGAGGACAUGGGUGUCGAGCGGACAUUGGGCGGGAUAUUUUACUCAAAGGGCGCUUUUGAUAGUUAUGAGGAUUAUCUUUGGUAUCUAGAGAAGCAUAGCGUGGGUAUUGGGAACUUUAAGGCAGCAAAGCGAUUCAGUUACGCAGUUCAGCAGAUAUUUGACGAAGAACAAGCAAAAUAUGAUAACAAUUUCACUCAGUUUAUUGACUUAAUGCGACAGGAUAUCAGUAGAAGCAACUUGACAGGUCGAGAUCCAAGUUGGGAGAUGAGUACCUGGUGGUUUGACAAUAUGACGAUUUACAUUGACAUCAUGUUUGAGGUCCAGCUCAAGUUGGCCGAGCUAAUUUUAGAAGCUUUGGACAUGUCUUUGGUAAGGGAUAUGGGAGAAGUAUCCAUUAGCAUCAGCCUGUUUGUUCUUGUCCUCAUUGUUUCACCACUUAUUACAAUCUCUAUCCGGGCGAUCAUUACCGACAUACAAAAGUACGCUUACACUCUGGCAACGCAAACCAAGGCGCUGACCUCGGAACGAGAAAAGACGGACACGCUGUUAUACCAGAUGCUGCCCAAGCCAGUAGCUGAACAAUUGAAGCGGAACCAACACGUGACUGCCGAAGCUUUCAACGAGUCCUCCAUCUUCUUUUCUGACAUUGUCGGAUUCACUCGGAUCUCCGCAGACUGCGAGCCACUUCAGGUUGUCAACAUGUUGAACAAUCUGUAUGUCUGCUUCGAUGCCAGGAUUGAGAUCUACGAUGUUUACAAGGUAGAAACCAUUGGAGACGCCUAUAUGGUAGUUUCCGGUGUCCCAAAGAGGAUAGGGAGAAUGCAUGUAUUUGAAGCGGCCUCUAUGGCCCUUGAUCUCCUGCAUCAUAUCAGCCAUCUUGAAAUUCCCCACCUCCCAGGAACCCGGAUGCAGCUACGCGCUGGUAUACAUUCAGGUCCGUGCGUCGCCGGAGUCGUGGGCUCCAAGAUGCCCAGGUACUGCCUCUUUGGGGAUUCUGUGAACAUAGCCUCAAGAAUGGAAGCUAACGCACUUCCCGGCAAAGUACACAUCAGCAAAGCGACAAGAGACCUCCUCGCAGUGGACCCAGAUUACAUCAUUGAGUUGAGAGGAGAUAUCGAAUUAGCGUCGGACACUGUACAACGCAGAUACAGUUGCGAUUCUGAGGGCAAAGGCACGAUGGAGACGUAUUGGCUCCUGGACAAAUUAGGUUUGGAGGAAUCCCUCCCGUGCAUGCCAACGUGCCACUCUCAAGGGUUCUCGGAGCCAAGCCAACUGGUGACAGGGUCAAUGUCGUGAAAGGGAGGAACUUCUAACUUUCGUUCGGGCCGGGCAGCUGGUUGAAACUUAGGCUAUCGAUCGUAAAAAUGGUGGACACGACCAUGCCGACCCUGUAAGGUUGAGAGACAAGUCUAAACUGAAGGAUACUCCAAUCGUUGGAUAUUGCAGUCAUAUUGGUCGCGUUACCGGGGUGGUCGCCGACCGGGGUUCUACUGUAUAUCAAGUCGCUGACGAAAGCCAUUAUUGUUUUAUGUUAUAUGUCAUACAUUGUGUUAUACAAUCGUUAUCUAAAGAUGUGCCUGACAAGUAAGAACAACCAUUCUUCGCACAAAUUGAUGUUCAUAUCUGUCGUA